UCAACCCUUGGUCGCAUAGUUGCGCACAAAUUUGGUGAUAACUCCUCACGACAAGAUCUAGGAGAUACGGAUGCAAGAUGCGCGCCAACAUCGCCAUGGCCAGGGGCUCAAAAGCCGUCAGAAAAGAUCCAGCCUGCGGAACCUGUAGGAAGAAGUGCCGCAAGUGUGACCGCGCGCGUCCUGUCUGUAAUCGAUGCAAGUCAAAGGGCUUGCAUUGUGAGGGAUAUCCUCCUCGAUUUCAAUUCUGCGAGUCUUUACAGACGCCCAAUUUGAUAACAGCUAGCGAUGAGCGGGAGCCAGAAGAGGACCAAGAGCGCGCCCAGCCUAAUGUCCUACCCACCAACGAGCUUACCCCCGCCCAAAACCUGAGCUCACCAGCAUCGACUCAAAAUUCGCUAUCUUCAGAUCACCCGAGCCAAUGCCGCCGCUUGCUCCAGACUUUGUCACAGGGCGCUUCUCCAGCUUCGCCCCAGGAUCGAUCCCUUGGUGCCCCGUCACCGUCACCGGCGACAAUUAUUGGGCACCCAGUCGACGAUCUUCUUCUCACGGGCAAUAGCCAGAAACUGCUUGUUUACUUCGACAAAGAGCUAAGCCCACAUUUAACAAUUGUCGUUGAAGGCGCAGACAACCCGUUUCGCGUACAUGUCCUUCCACUGGCCUACAAUCACACAGGCGUUCUCCAUGCAGUCCAGGGACUUACUGCGUGCCAUCUGCACCUAUCACCAUCAGGCGCCAACCAGGUUGAUAUGGCCACUGCCUUGCAACAUCGCGUUGCUGCAUUGAGCGGUCUUAGCUCCCUCUUAAUCAAGGAAGAGAUUUACGGACUCACAGAGGCUGAAGAAGAGGCUGUUCUAGCCAUCAUAUUUCUGUUGGUACUUCAUGAUAUAUGCGAGUUGGGAAUAUCUGCCCAUGCUGUUCAUUUGAACGGUGUGUCAUUCCUUUGUGGAAGAAUUGCAUCUCCUUUGGUAAGGGUACAGCGAUCUGCAGCAACCAUAUUCUUCUUGUCUGCGUUAUCAUGGUUGGAUGUUUUGAGAGGUUUUAGUGGUGCCGAAAAGCUCACCUAUUCCGAGAACGUCAGGAAAUGUGUUGCAAACAUAACCAGUCCACACGCAGCCUUGCAUACUUUGGUCGGCUGUCCCGCCGUGAUAUUCCUCAAGAUUGGGGACGUAAUAGCGGCAGCCAAGCAACAUAUGCAAGGGAUGUUAUCUACAGUCAACUUUCAGACCAAACUAGAUGAGGCGGAGAGAACUUUUCGCGACCUCGAUCUAGACGCGAUCGAAUAUCCCACACCGCAUUCGGAAUGGAGACAACUUGCGGAGGCCUAUCGACAUGCUAGUCUGCUGAGGACCUUACGAUGGCCUGAUACGUUCGCAAUUCCCUGCGAAGACCAGAAAAUCAGAUCAUCGGUAUCGGCGAUCCUGGAUUGCUGUGCAAAUGUUCCGAUGGAAUCACCAUUCUUCAAGCGGCUGUUGUUCCCUCUCUUUCUGGCAGCAACCGAGACAUCUGAAAGACACCAGAUACACUACGCUAGCCUUUGUAUCGGAAAAAUCCGACGUUCCACAGGAUUCCAACAUGCAGCUAUGAUGGAAGUCCUUGAAGGAGUUUGGGCGGAAAGAAAACUGAAGACCCGGGGCUGGACGAACGUUCCCUGGAUGGAAUUCACUUGCUCUGAAAGUAUUCAGCAGCAGCAUGCUUAUCUUUUCUUCUGAGGUAAAAAAGGUGCCAAGGCAUAUAUGGCUCACGGUCUCAUGGUCCGGUACCACGAAAUAGAAGUCCCGGCCGAUACGUCGUAACAAGCAAUCCCCUAUCGUG